AUGCCGUUCCACCAUCUUCUUCCUGCUGUCGGCGCAGCUGGUGACGCCGACAUCGACGGCCGCUCUACCGAUGUGCCCUCUUCCUUGAGGUUGCAGCUCAUUGUUCGGGCUGCGCUGGGCGCUGCCGUCUCGGUGGUCACGUGGAACUGCCAGGCCCUCUUUGCCGCUGACCCCCUGCGCCACCGCAGGAAAGCACAGCACGUCAACCGACUCAUGCGCACGCACGACGUAGGCCUUUGGACGGAAACGCAUGGCACACAGGGCAGCUGCGACGUCUGGCGCAAUCCGCCCGGCUGCACCUCGUGGUGGUCCCCAGGGCACGUGGCGGGCAGCGCUGGAGUGGGCAUCACGGUCAAGAAUUCCUUCCUGCGGCAGUUCACCGACUCUCCACGUUGGAAGAUUAUUCUUCGUGGUCGUGCGGCUGUCUUGCAACUUCGUGGGCCUGGGGGUGCUCUGGACCUGGUGGUGACGUACUUCCACACCGGCGCCGCCAUGGCACAGCACGACAUCGAUGCAGCUGGCCUCCUUCAUCUCCAUCGCGCGCCUACGGCGGCAGAGCUUCGCGAGGCACUCCGACGCCGACUGGCCCAGCAGAUCACCCACCAAGAUGCCGCGCUCACUAUCCUCGGCGGCGACUUUAACUACGUGGCGGAGGUGGCAGACCGCCGCUGCGCGACGACAGCGGUCGCUACCGGCGGGCGCGACCGAGGCGAGCAGGCUAGCUGGCAACGGCAGCUGGCCCUACCUCAUGGCCUUCAUGAGCUCCAUCAGCCAGACAUGUCUUAUGCUUCUCCCACCUCUCGCUCCGGGGACGACAGGUUAUAUUGCAAGCAGGCUGCGACAGAGAGCCUCGACAGGGCGAUGACUUGCGUCGCACUCGACUGGUGCCCGAAGCUGUCGCGGCACCGGGCCAUCAGCUACCGACGGGAAGUCCCACGGCGCACGCAGGGCGACCACGCCCCGCUCCCCGACCAGGUGAUUGAGCACCCAGAGUGGCCAAGACUGGUGGCACUGGCUUGGCAGGAUCUCCUAAAAGACGACCCGGGCGGUUCGUCAUUGAAGCAGCUCGCCCUCCUGAAGGCCGCGAUGCGACGCGCGGCCCGCAGCCUCAAUUACACCUUCGGCUCCUCGGCGGACGCGCUCACCCACGAGGACAAGCAGGGCAUGACCAUGAAGUUCCUCCGAUCGUCGGAGCGCGGCUCCGCGACAGGGAUCAGCCAGUGCAUCCUGCGCUACCCUGUCCCCACGGACCUUGUGGACAACCCCUACGACUUCUCCCUCGGCCAUGGCCGCCGGUUGCGACUGGUACGACAGCACUCUGUGGAGUUGGCUCGCUCACGUGCUAUCGACGAAUUCAGCCAGCUCCACAAUGACCUCCACGACCUCACGCCCGACCAGGCAGCACGACGACGUCAACGCAAUCAUCGCCUACUUACCCGCCUCGCCCCUGGCCGAGGAUGCUCCCACUACGCCGUCCGCGACCACGCGGGCCACGUGAGCACAGACCCCUCCCACGUCACCAAAGCCCUCGAGGACCAUUGGGCAGGAGUUUUCAGCCGCAAGGACACCGACCGGAGGCUGCGACAGGAGUGGCUCGCGGAUGAAGCUGCGCACUUCCGCCCUGCUGACCGGCGACACGUCCCUGGCGGGGUCGCCCCUUUCGAGUGCUUCCAGCAAGCGAUUGCUCACACCAAGAAGAGUUCGCCGGGCCCAGAUGGCAUACCAUUCCGGGCCUGGCAGAGGCUGGGAACAUUUGCGGCCCGCGCCUUGUACGACGCCUUCCUGUCCAUGGUGAGCCCUGGGGGGUUGGACAGCAUGGAGAUGGAUUGGAAUGACUUCAGCGAGAGUUCCAUGGUUAUUCUGCCCAAGAAGCCAACCGCCGCCAACUCGCAGGGCCUAGAGUUCUUCUCCAUCCAGCGGGCUUACGCUGACGACCUCGCGAUGACCCUCGCCCACGGCACCAGGGGCGCCCCCGUCCUCGAGCGCGCCUUCGACGAGUGCGAGCGGCUUGCGGGGCUCCGGCUGCGCCGGGGCAAGACUGUCUGGGCCCCUCUCUCACUGGCUCUGGUGGCGGUGGCCCGGGCGAGCUUACAGGCUGCCGCGCCGACCUGGGGGGAGUUCGCGGUGCGCCGGCGCGCCGCGUACCUCGGCUUCGAGGUGGGGCGAGAGCGAGGGGAACUGUCUUGGGCCAAGCCGCUGGAGAAGUACAUCGAACGGGCACGAACGUGGAGAGCAAUAGGGGGUGGCAUGUUCCUCACCAUGCUUGCCUACCGCAUUUAG